AGGUGACGUUCGGCUUUCGUUUGCUUUUGCCUUAACUCGUUAGGGCGCCGCUCGGCGUUCGAUUAGCACGGCUCCCUCGAAGACUGAGGUGAGCCGUCCCACGGCUCGUCAGUCGAUAGGGGGAGCCGGUAGUCGGGACCGGCCGUACCAUUAGCGGUUGGCGGGACGAUGGGUUUGUAGGGGCGGAGGGCGCCGUGGGGCAGCGGGCUCCGAGGACAGGAAAAUGGCGGCCUUAGGGUCUCCGGCGCGCACUUUGCGAGGCCUUCUGCGGGAGCUGCGCUAUCUGAACGCGGCCACCGGCCGGCCCUAUCGCGACACUGCGGCCUACCGGUACCUCGUGAAGGCUUUCCGUGCACAUCGGAUCACCAGUGAGAAGUUGUGCAGAGCCCAACAUGAGCUUCAUUUCCAAGCUGCCACCUACCUCUGCCUCCUGCGUAGCAUCCGGGAACAUGUGGCUCUUCAUCAGGAAUUUCAUGGCAAGGGUGAGCGGUCAGUGGAAGAGUCUGCUGGCUUGGUGGGUCUCAAGUUGCCUCAUCAGCCUGGAGGGAAGGGCUGGGAGCCAUGAAAAUGGAGAGUUUCCUCGGAGACUGCAUUCAUAGGAGAAUUUAAUCAUUUCUGUCAAUAUGUAUUUAUCAUUAAAAAUUUUUUUUAAGUUUA